GUCUCUUCUCGCCGCUUCUUAAAUCCCAUGCUCGGCAAUGGUGUCAGGCAAAGCGACACUCACAGACACAUCCAGAGCGCCCGACCGCUCAAAGACCAUCCUUUGAAGCUGCACCGUACCUAGCUCGCUACCUCGAUCUCGCCCUCCGCCGACUAUCCACCAUGGGGAUGGUACUGGGCAAGAUCACGGUAGAGACGCCCAAGCACGAGGUCCUCCACACCGGCGCCGGCUACGAGAUCCGCAAGUACCCGCCCUGCAUCGCCGCGGAGUUCACCUACGAUCCCAAGGAGUGGAAAGGCAACCCCGACGGCGGGUUCACCGUCCUCGCCAACUACAUCGGCGCCCUCGGCAAGCCGCAGAACACCAAGCCCGAGAAGAUCGCCAUGACGGCUCCCGUCAUCACCACCGGCGGGGGCGACGACGGCGAAUCGGCCGAGAAGAUCGCCAUGACGGCCCCCGUCAUCACCACCGGCGAGCCCGAGCCCGUGGCGAUGACCGCGCCGGUGAUCACGGACGACCAGCAGGCGCCUGGCAAGGUGACAAUGCAGUUCCUGCUGCCGUCCAAGUACACCAAGGUGGAGGAGGCGCCGCGGCCGACGGACGAGCGGGUGGUGAUCCGCGAGGUGCCGGAGAGGAAGUUCGGCGUGGCGAGGUUCAGCGGGGUGGCCACGGAGAAGGCGGUGAGGGCGAAGGCGGAGGGGCUCAAGGCCGCGCUGGAGAAGGACGGGUACGCCAUCAAGGGCCCGUUCGUGCUGGCGCGGUAUAACCCGCCGUUCACGCUCCCGCCGCUGCGCACCAACGAGGUCAUGUUCCCCGUUGAGUGAGUGAUCCGGCGAGGCGGCCACCGCCCAGCUACCGGCAGCAGGUGUUCUCUGUGAAUUCAGUGCCUGAGGUUCAGAAACUGUCUUUUCGCUUGAAGUUGUUGUUGUCCUACUCUUUUUCUGUGUGGGAAAAUAGUUUCCCUUCUUGAAUAGUGAUUGUAAAGUAUGCUUUACUGAAACUUGUAAUGGAUAAAUUUACUACUCUCUGAUCAAUGAAGAAUUAAUUAGACCC